AGCAGCAAGGGGAAAAUGGAAAACAUAGGUGGAAAUUACAACCAGUGAUGGAUAAGAACUGGGACAGACAUAGAUCCCUUGUCAAUGGACAUCAUAUGAAGGAUGUGCAACAACAGAUGGAUUCAGAGUAUAAGGCCCACCUACGCCACCAGGAGCGGGUGAGAGAGAAUACUGAGCGGCUAAGAGAUAAACGAGCUGCCUCCCAACACACCCCAAAUGUUCUCAACUUUUACUCCACAAGAAGUUACAGUAAGCCAUGGCAGAACGGGAUGACUACAAAAACAGAGAUAUCAGCAGUGUCAGGACUUGAGGAGAGACAAAACAGAGAACGACAGUAUAAAAGCACAGUGUCCAAGCUUCCUGCUAUAAAGAAGGACAAGUACAUAAUAAGUAAGAGGACAGUCUACAACCCUCAAACAGCGCAUGAACCACACACAAUGAUGACAGUGUCACAGCCUCGGAUCACAGUGGAAAAGAAAAGAUUACAUGUCCACCAGAUUUCUGCCAAGCCCAGUGUUACACGUAUGGCUGGAGAAAUGGCAGUGAGUAAAAAUGCACUUAAUUUGCAGUCAAAAGCUAAAAUGCCCAAGAGGCCAGUUAAAAACCAGAAACAAAUACUAAAGAAAAGAGAGUUCACAAUUGUAGCCUUUAAUGACUUAAAUUCCACACAGAAUGAUUACCAUGUGGAUCACCAUGGUCCACCAAGUUCUCUACUAUUAAAUUCACAUGAAUUAACAGAAGAACCUCAGACAAAUACAAGACCAUCAAGUUUUAGCUGGUCUCAUUUACAGGAAACUGAAGAUGAAUUUAAUGGCCAAACACAAAGAAACACAAAUGAAGACGAUGACACUUUUCAUGAAGAUGACCUGUCUUGUAUUUCUGAUAUUACAUUACCAUUGCCAAUACCUAUAAGAGCACAAACACCUAAUACGUCCCUGUACACUGUAGGCUCUAACUGUACAGACUCAGCUGAUGAGGAUACAGACUCAACUGAAGAGGACAGCAGUGAUAAUGAAGAACAUUCAAGUACUCUCAGACAAGAAGAUGAAGUCAGCACAGAGAUUUCACAUUCUACAUUACAUGGUUUGGAUGUCAGCACAGCAAAUAAUUCUUAUUUUGGAGGACCCAACCUAGGACCACUGCAAGCAUCAAGACAGUUGCAAGGUAUCAGUCCAACAGUGACAGCAGUAUCAGACCAGUCCCCAUCUGCUCCUCUAAAUCUGAGGGAUACAGUAGAGGUCCCAAGGAGUAAUACAUCAAUAACACUGUCCCAGAUUCAUGAAGUUAGUCCAAAUGCUAAUAUGCACAACCGUGAAAACCCUGAACUACCCCAAAACGUGUUUAGAGAUUUAGGGGGCAGAGAGAUGGAUAGACAACUUAGCAUGGAGUACUCUGCUAAUUCCAGUAUUCCUGCCCCUCCGAGACUUAGUAUGACUGCUAUAGCUCCCAACAUUAUACUUUUACGUGAAAACUUGGAUUUGGUCUUUCACACUCUCUCAAUGCAAAGACAAUCUGAAAGAAGAAAUCUAGAAAAUAUUGUACCCAUAUCACAAAAUAAAGACUUCGAAAAGCCAAAAACAGACCCAGAGAAGCUGAAGAAGCUAAAGGAGAGUAUACUACAAGAAGACUCGGAAGAAGAAGAAGGGGAUCUUUGCAGGAUCUGUCUCAUGGGAGGUGAAACCACAGAAAACCAUCUGAUUGCACCUUGUCAAUGCUCUGGGAGUUUAAAGUGUGUUCACACUGAAUGCAUGAAGAAAUGGCUUCUGGCUAAAAUUAAAUCAGGGGCAGAGCUGAACACAGUGAGAACAUGCGAGAUGUGCAAACAAAAGGUGGAGUGUGAAAUUGAAGGAUUCAACUUGAAUGAGCAUUACAGAAGACAUCAGGAGACUCAGGCCACACUAAAUCCCAGUCUGUAUCUGGCGUUACUUCUUCAACUAUAUCAGCAAAGAUAUGAGGAACUGCUGCGACUGUCAAACACUCGAGACUCCAGAGUAUCUGAGCUUUCAAGAAGAUUUUUACAUCUGAGCUUAGGAACACGUGAACAUUCAAGAGACAACGAACAGGAUUCCUAAAUUUAAUUUUACGUGAACCAAUGUCUAUCUGUGUACGUAUCUAUCUACCUAUAAUUUUUGUGCACAGAGGCCUGAGCAAGAUACUGCUUCAUCCAUCUGCAUCCAUUAACCUACACAUG